AUGGACGCGCUGGAGUCGUUGUUGGACGAGGUGGCCCUGGAGGGGCUUGAUGGCCUGUCUCUGCCCGCGCUGUGGAGCCGUCUGGAGACGCGAGUGCCGCCCUUCCCUCUGCCUUUGGAGCCCUACACGCAGGAGUUUCUGUGGAGGGCCCUUGCUACGCACCCGGGCAUCAGCUUCUAUGAGGAGCCUCGCGAGCGACCCGACCUCCAGCUCCAGGACCGGUAUGAAGAAAUCGAUUUGGAAACUGGAAUUUUGGAGUCCAGGCGGGACCCGGACCCUUUGGAGGAUGUCUACCCCAUUCAUAUGAUCUUAGAGAAUAAGGAUGGCAUCCAGGGCUCAUGCCGGUACUUUAAAGAGAGGAAAAACAUUACCAAUGACAUCAGAACCAAGUCUUUGCAGCCCCGUUGUACAAUGGUGGAAGCCUUUGGCAGGUGGGGGAAGAAACUGAUCGUCGUUGCCUCCCAGGACAUGCGUUACAGAGCCUUGAUAGGCUUGGAGGGUGACCCUGACCUGAAACUCCCCGACUUCUCCUACUGCAUUUUGGAGCGAUUAGGCCGGUCCCGGUGGCAGGGGGAGCUCCAGCGAGACCUCCACAGCACUGCUUUCAAGGUUGAUGCCGGAAAGCUCCACUAUCAUAGGAAGAUUCUGAACAAAAAUGGACUCAUCACAAUGCAGUCCCAUGUGAUCCGAUUGCCCACUGGAGCCCAGCAACACUCAAUCCUCCUCCUCCUGAACCGGUUUCAUGUGGACAGGAGGAGCAAGUACAACAUCCUCAUGGAGAAGCUUUCGGGGAUGCUGAGCACACGGAAUAACCAGAUAGAGACACUGGGAAAGCUGCGGGAAGAACUGGGACUGUGCGAAAGGACAUUUAAGCGCCUGUACCAGUACAUGCUGAGUUCUGGUCUUGCGAAGGUGGUGUCUCUUCCCUUACAAGAAAUUCACCCUGAAUGUGGACCUUUUAAGACAAAGAAAGGGACUGACGUCAUGGUGCGCUGCCUCAAGCUGCUGAAGGAAUUUAAACGCAAGGUCGAGGACGACCACGACCAGGACGACGACGAGGACGAGGAGGUCAUCUCCAAGGCAGUGCCUCUGGUGGACAUCGUGUAUGAGCGGGACAUGCUCACGCAGACCUACGAACUCAUUGAGCGCAGAGGCACGAAAGGAAUUUCCCAAGCUGAAAUCCGAGUGGCCAUGAAUGUGGGGAAGCUGGAAGCAAGAAUGCUGUGUCGUCUUCUUCAAAGAUUCAAAGUUGUCAAGGGAUUCAUGGAAGAUGAAGGGCGGCAGCGGACCACCAAGUAUAUCUCCUGCGUGUUUGCAGAGGAGAGCGACCUAAGCCGGCAAUACGAAAGGGAGAAAGCCCGGAGCGAGCUGCUGGCCACAGUGAGCUUGGCCUCGGUGCCGGAGGAGUCCCUCCCGCCUGAAGGAGAGGACACGUUCCUCUCUGAGUCAGACAGCGAGGAGGAUGGCAGCAGCGGAGGCAACAAGAGGAGAGGCAAAGGAUCGCAGGGGGAUGUGAAAUCCUCGAGCAUCAGUCUCGGGACCCACCCUCAUCACUCCACCCCCACCAAGGGUGGCUGGAAGGUGAACCUGCACCCACUGAAGAAGCAGCCAUCGUGCUCUCCAGGAGCCGCGGAGGAGAAGGCCGGCCGGGGCCCUGCUGCGGGGGACAGCCUCCUGGAUACCAGCAGCUCCUCAGAGCCCGGCGUGGCCUUCGGCCCCCACUGCGUGGACGGUAACAGUGGCGACAUAGCUGUGAUCGAAGAGGUCAGGCUUGAAAACCCAAAGGAGAGCAGCGGCUCCCAGAAGACUGGUAAGCACGGCCCAGGCCAAGACAAACCCCAUGAAACCUACCGACUGCUGAAACGCAGAAAUCUGAUCAUAGAAGCUGUCACCAACCUCCGCUUGAUCGAGAGCCUGUUCACGAUUCAGAAGAUGAUCAUGGAUCAGGAGAAGCAAGAAGGCGUGUCCACCAAGUGCUGUAAGAAGUCCAUUGUCCGCCUGGUGCGGAACCUGUCCGAGGAAGGUCUCCUGAGACUGUACCGGACUACGGUCAUCCAAGAUGGCAUCAAGAAGAAGGUGGAUCUGGUGGUGCACCCGUCCAUGGACCAGAACGACCCUCUGGUGAGAAGUGCCAUCGAGCAGGUUCGUUUCCGGAUCUCCAAUUCAAGCACAGCAAGCAGGGUUAAAGUGCCCCAGCCUCCAGUGCCCAAAGGGGACGCCAACGAAGAUAGUCAAGGGAAAGAGGACCUGAGUGGAUCUGGAGACUCUCAGCCGAACGAUUGCUCCAAACCAGAAAGUGGACGGGUGAAAAAAACUGAUGAGAAAAUGGGCAUAACCCAGCUUAAAAAUUAUAACCCUGUUGUAGUUCCUGGACUUGGGCGUUCUAUAGGAUUUCUGCCCAAAAUGGCUCGGCUGCGGGUGGUGCACAGGUUUCUGUGGUACCUGGUCUACGGGCACCCUGCCAGCAACAGGGAAGAGCACCCGGGCCUCAGCAGCGACAGGAGGACAGGAAAGCAGGAGCCGGGCAGGACCGGAGCCCCGCCCUCCUCUGGAAAAGACUUGGCGGCCUCCUCUGACGCCCCACCGAAGGACAACCAAGAUGGAGAAGUCUGGGAGGGCGAAGUGGAGCUGGCCACGGAGACAGUAUAUGUGGAUGAAGUCUCAUGGACACGCUACAUCCCUCCCAUCCCGUUGUACAGAGACUUUGGCUGCGGCUGGGCUCUUGUCAGCGACAUUCUCCUCUGCCUGCCCCUCUCCAUCUUUAUCCAGAUUGUGCAAGUCAGCUACAAGGUGGACAACCUCGAUGAGUUUCUGGAUGACCCUCUGAAGAAGCACACGCUGAUCCGCUUUCUGCCCCGGCCCAUCCGGCAGCAGCUUCUGUACAAGAGACGGUACAUUUUUUCAGUAUUUGAGAACCUUCAGAGGCUGUGCUACAUGGGGCUGCUACAGUUUGGUCCCACAGAGAAGUUUCAGGAUAAAGACCAGAUCUUCGUCUUCUUGAAGAAGAAUGCGGUUAUCGUUGAUACCACCAUCUGUGACCCACAUUACAAUCUCGCCCACAGCAGUCGGCCCUUUGAAAGGCGUCUUUAUGUCCUGGAUUCAAUGCAGGAUGUGGAAAACUAUUGGUUUGAUCUGCAGUGUGUCUGCCUCAACACCCCUUUAGGUGUGGUGCGCCACCCGCGUGUCAGGAAGAGCAGCAGCGCAGACCCGGGCGGUGACGACAAGGACAGCAUGCAGAAGGAGCAGGAGAGUGCCAUCCACAAGCACAAUCUGGAGCGCAAGUGUGCGAUGAUGGAGUACACCACGGGCAGCCGUGAGGUCGUGGAUGAAGGCUUGAUCCCCGGAGAUGGGCUGGGAGCCGCCGGGCUCGACUCCAGUUUUUACGGACACCUGAAGCGCAACUGGAUCUGGACCAGCUAUAUCAUCAAUAAGGCCAGGAAGGAGAACGAAGCUUCCGAGAACGGGCUCACGGUGAGGCUCCAGUCUUUUCUGUCCAAGCGCCCGUUGCCCCUCGGUGCUGGAGGCCAUGGCAGGUUGCAUAUCUGGGGAGAAGCCAGAACAGAAUCCGAGCUCUGUGUUGACGGGGACGAGCAGUUUGAGAUUGACCAAGAGCCUGCGCUGGACAGGAACCAGAGAGUGAGGGGUGGGAAGAGCCAGAAGCGGAAACGGCUGAAGAAGGACCCUGGAAAGAAGAUGAAAAGAAAGAAGAAAGAAGAGCUCCAAGAAGAAAAGAACAAAAGUCUGCGCUACCACGACGAGGCCGACCAGAGCGCCCUGCAGAGGAUGACCCGACUGCGUGUCACCUGGUCCAUGCAGGAAGACGGGCUGCUCAUGCUCUGCCGAAUUGCCAGCAACAUCCUCAACACCAAGGUGAAGGGCCCAUUUGUCCCCUGGCAGGUUGUACGGGACGUUUUGCACGCUACUUUUGAAGAGUCUUUGGAUAAGACAUCUCAUUCAGUUGGACGAAGAGCUCGCUACAUAGUCAAAAACCCACAAGCCUAUAUGAACUACAAGGUGUGCCUGGCCGAGGUGUACCAAGAUAAGGCCCUUGUGGGAGAUUUCAUGAAUCGAAAAUGUGACUAUGAAGACCCAAAGGUUUGUGCCAGUGAGUUUAAAGAAUUUGUGGAGAAGCUUAAGGAGAAGUUUAGUUCAUCCCUAAGGAAUCCUAACCUUGAAAUCCCAGACACGCUCCAGGAGUUGUUUGCCAGAUAUCGAGUUUUGGCGAUUGGAGACCAAAAAGACCAAAUCAGGAAGGAGGAUGAACUUAACAGCGUGGACGACAUCCACUACCUGGUGCUGCAGAACCUGAUCCAGAGCACGCUGGCUCUGUCGGACAGCCAGAUGAAGUCCUGCCAGUCCUUCCAGACGUUCCGCCUGUACCAGGAGUAUAAGGACCAGAUUCUCGGGAAGGCCUUCAUGGAGUGCCAGAAAAGGAGCUUGGUCAACCGGCGCCGGGUUAACCACACACUGGGCCCAAAGAAAAACCGGGCUUUGCCCUUCGUGCCAAUGUCCUACCAGUUGUCCCAGAGCUACUACAAGAUCUUCACCUGGAGAUUUCCGACCACCAUCUGCACAGAAUCGUUCCAGUUCUUCAACAGAGUCCGGGCUGCCGGCAAGCUGGACCAGCCCGAUAACUUCUCCUUCAAAGAGCAGGAUAGUCACGACUCCCCAAGUGACCUGGUGGCAUUUUCUUUGGACGGCCCUGGAGGGCACUGUGUGGCCGCCCUGACCCUCUUCUCUCUGGGCCUUGUCUCUGUGGAUGUCAGGAUCCCCGAGCAGAUCGUCGUGGUGGACAGCUCGAUGGUGGAGAACGAGGUCAUGAAGAGCCUGGGCAAGGACGGGGCCUUGGAAGAGGAGGAGGAGGAAGAGGAAGAAUUGGAUGAAGACCCGGGGGGCAAGCGCCGGAGCAUCGAGGUGAAAGCCCCCCAGGCCUCUCACACCAACUACCUGCUGAUGCGGGGCUACUGCGCCCCCGGCAUUGUCAGCACCCGGAACCUCAACCCCAACGACAGCAUCGUGGUGAACUCCUGCCACGUGCAGUUCCGGCUGCGCUGCAGCCCCACGCCCACCCGGCUCGCGUCCACCGCCCCUUCUCUGGAGGAGCUGAGAGUGGGAACCUCCUGCCUCCCUGACACAUUCACCAGGCUGAUACACAACCAGGACACCUGCAGCUUGGAAGAGUUUGUCCGCCAGGUGGAGCUGUCUGGGUAUAAGCCUGGAGACGUGGCCGCCGCCUUGGAGGUCCAGGGGGCCAUUGCAGCCACAGGCUGCUUUGGGGUGGACAAGGUGGAGCUGAGCAGAUGGUUCUGUGCCUUUGAGAAGGCAGGCGGCGAGCGCACCAGGACCCUCGCAGAUUACGUGCAGGACCUCUUGAAACGACAGCAGGUGCUGGAAGUUGGUGGGAACUCCAUUCGCCUGGUGACCAUGGCCUGUGCCCAGCCCUGGCUCCUGCGCUCGGUGCGGCUGAAGGGGAAAGAGGACACCAACAGUCAGAGAGCGGAUGCCCCGGCCAGGCCUCUGGAGGGGCCUCCCAGGGAGGACGGUGCCGCCGAGGGGCAGGCACCACCCGCCCAGGGCCCCCAGAGCAGCAAGAGGCGUGCCAGCUGGGCCAGCGCCGACCCGGCCGGUCAGAGCGGGGAGGCCGCCUCCGAGAGCGCCCAACAGCCCCCCGCAAAGCGGCCCGCGCUCCAGGGCCUGCGCUUCGGCCCGGAAACCCCGGCACCGGCUCUUCCUGUAGCUCUUGAAGAGACAGGUGCAGGGCAGCCCCUCCCUGGAGCGUCGGAAGCCAGGCAGGAGGACCAAGAGGGUGCCGGGGUACCCAGCUCCCCAGGCCAAGAGCAGCUGAGCUGUCAGGCCCAGCUUCCAGAGGGCUCGGAAGACACCAGAGGUUCGGCAGAAAUCUCCGCGGCCAGCGGCCUCUCGCAGGCAACACGGGAAAGGGACUGUGAGAGCAUCUGCUUCAUCAGCCGCCCGUGGCGCAUCGUGGACGGCCACCUGAACACGCCGGUGUGCAAGGGCAUGAUGGAGGCCGUGCUGUACCACAUCAUGAGCAGGCCCGGCGUGCCCGAGAGCUGCCUGCUGCAGCACUACCAGGGCGUCCUGCAGCCCGUGGCCGUGCUCGAGCUGCUCCAGGGCCUGGAAUUCCUUGGCUGCAUUAAGAAGCGCCUGCUGAGAAAGCCCGCGGCCGUCUCCCUCUUCUCCAGACCCGGGGAGCAGGGGGCAGAGGUGCCCUCCAGCCCCAGCGGGAGUGCCGUGGCAUUCUACGAGCCCACGCUGGACUGCACCCUGCGGCUGGGCCGCGUGUUCCCCCACGAGGUCAACUGGAACAAGUGGAUCCACCUAUAGGCGUGUGGCUAUCAGGUCCCUCCCGUCCGUGCUGCUGGCUCCCGAGGAGGGGCCUCUGCCUGCCCCCACAGAAGGUCUGCCCAGCCCUGACCGGAACUCGGGCCACCCACCCUUCUGCCCCUCUGCCUGGACUGGCUUGGGCACCCUGGAGUUGCGGGGAGCAGCCGCAAGCAGACUUUGGGGCCCACCCAUGCUCUUCCUGUUGUACCAGGGCCCAGCGCCACUGCAGACACGUCCGCUCGCCGAGCUGCCUGCCAUUCUCGGGAGCCUGGUGCUGUGAGUUUGAGAGGCCCCAGCGAACUCCUCCACGGGCUUUCGAAGUGUGGGUGCCUUUGGGAGCCACAGCCUACUUGUCCGAGGCCCCAGGCCUCCCGCAUGGACCUCAGAGCUGUCAGCUACUGGCCAGCAGGACCAGGAGCUCUGGGCUGUGGGGUUUGCCUCGUGUUCCGGAUCCCGGCACCAGGCGACUCCCUGGCUCCCCAGAAGCCCAGCCCUGAGCAUCCGGGCCUUGUGGGGACAUGUCACAGUGGAGGCU